GAAACGGCGCGCAACGGUCAAAAAAGCAACUGUUCAUAGAGAAAAUUGGGGACAGCUGCUCACCAUUUGCUUUCUGCAAAUCUUGAUAUCUACGUGUGAAAAAGUUACCUCUUGUAGCACGUUAAUUCUUCAAUAUCUAAAACCUUUUCACAAAAGUCCCUUCUUUCACGGUUUCACCUUAUCAAUGGCUAACCAAAAAUCACUCUUUCUCACAUUCAAUCAUCUAACAAUAUACCUCAUUCUGCUACUAUUAUCACAAUCCCCACAAAUUCACUCAACAUGUCGCAAUUACUGUAACAACAUUCCUAUAAACUACCCGUUUAGCAUUGACGAUGGUUGUGGCGCGCCACAGUAUCGCCACAUGCUAAAUUGCUCCGCCACUGAUUUAUUCUACCUUACACCAUCAGGAAACUACAAAGUCCAAUCAAUAGACUACGAAAAAAAGACCAUGAUAAUAUUCGAUCCUGCAAUGUCCACUUGUUCAAUCCUACAACCUCACCACGAGUUCAAAAUGUCCGAAAUUCAGUCAGCUAUAAUACCUCCUUCACCCGACACAAUAUUCAUCCUCCUCAACUGCUCAAUCGAUUCGCCAGUACUUAACCAUUACAAGUCACAAUGUUUUAAUUUCUCAGGACAUUCUUGUGACGAGCUUUAUAGUUCUUGCACUUCGUUUAAGUUGUUUCAUAUGUUGUCGAAUAGUACGCCAGGUUGUUGUUUCACGGGUUACGAAACGGUGAAGUAUAUGAGUAUGGAUAUAUUGGAUUGCACGCAUUAUACGAGUGUUUAUAAUACGGAUAAAUUGUCGGGUGUUGGACCAUUGGAUUGGCUUUAUGGGAUGAAGUUGUCUUUUAGUGUGCCGGAUACAGGAUGUGAACGGUGUAUUAAGUCUGGUGGAACUUGUGGAUUUGAUGUGGAGACUGAGAUGGCACAAUGCAUUUGCUCAGUCACUAAUAAUUCUACCAGAGAUUGUGCUGGGGGCAGAGAAAUAAACUUAGCUGAAAGUUACAGAGCAUCUUCAUUUCCAAGACUGCAACUACUGUACAUCUUGGCACUUGGGGCCAUUUCUUACGGCAUCCUAUUGAGACGAUGAAUCUUUUUAUUAAGUUUGUUAAUUUUUCUUCCAUUUCUGUAUUUUAUCUUCCUAAACUAGUUAUUACUAAUUCAUGUUGCCCAUACUUGGGGAUUUUUUUUUUCCGGUGUUACACUCGGGAAAAAGUAGAAAAAAAAAAUUGUAUCAGAAAUUCAGAACUUGAAGGAAUUGUCAAUUUUGUGUCUU